AUGGCUAAUAAUACAGUCACUGUGAAUAAUAACGAAAUCGUUCAAACUGAAGCAAGCGAAGAAUCGGCUAAGCUGAAGGUCAGUAAACCUGGGGUCAAUUCAAUAAAACUUUUACACGUGUUUGCAAGUGUAGCUAUUGUUUUCAACCUCUGAAACAAUAGCUCAGAAUAGCUACACUUGUAAAUUACACUUGUAAAAGGUUUAUUGAAUUGACCCCUGGUACUCGCAAUCAGGACACAAUCAAUCAUUAGUCGAGGUGAACUGAUUCAUUCAUGGCGAAACCGGCAAAAACUUAUAAUUAAUCGUCACGUUUUUUGCAGAUCACUGUAGAAAUACCGGCCUCGGAAAAGGAGAAAGUGCUCCAAUUUGUCGAAGGAUGUGGGGGCAAGGUUUUCGAUGGUAAGUUCACUCAGGUUCACUGUAAGUUCAGCAGCACUUCAUACACUUUCAAAGCAAGCUAGAAUCAUAUGUAGCCGUUUCUAGUUUCAGUAGUUUGCGCAUGCAAUUGCAGGCAUUUUUCAGUUUAUUAUAAUCCGAUCAAUCACUUCAUUCUUUAAAUCUAGCAGGCGAGGGAGAGGUGGCUGAAACAGAAACUCCAUCUACGAUCGCAAAGGCUGUGAGAGGUUUCAUUCAAAAACACCCGACCAUCUCAGUUGCAUUUCUUGCAAAAGAAAUCGUCCGACGCUCGCAGGGCACGUUAUCCACGCUGUUGAAUAACCCGCCCUCUACUUUCCCAGCCGGCGCUGGAAGAGAACCGUGGGAAGCAAUGAAAAAGUUUUUGGCGAGUGAGGACGAACAAAAAAACCUGCUAGAAAGGAAAGGUGAGUAUAUUUCGCUGAAUUCCUAAGGCGCUGUUGUGACCACAUCACUGCUAUGUCCUAGGGUUUUCUGGUUUUAAUUAAAUAAAAACCAGGAAAAGUAAAUAACCGCAAAGUAAAACGUGUGAAAUAGGAAAUGCCACACCCAACGGAUCUAAUUAUCUUUGGGAAAAAAAAACCUGAAAUAUCCUGAAUAUCUUAUAUAUUACACAUAUUUACUUCGUUACUUCUGUUAUUUUGCAUGUGUUUUCUCUGAUAUUCUCUGGUUUUCUCCACCGUCAGCGAGAAGUAAAGGUAAGGGCGAGCUGAGCCUGCAGGCUGUGCAGGGCACAGACACAGCUCAAACAGACCCAAACAGCGGACCCAAAAAAAGAAAGAUGUUUGACAAAAUGGAGCUCGCUGCAAUGGACACCAUUUAUAAAGCAUCAAAAGGGCUGCCGACAAGCUCGAUGAUCGAGCGACUGACUUCGUCACUGGGCCUGGAAAAGGACCAGGUAUUCUGAUGUUUUAUAAACGUAAAAUGAGUGCUAAAAUCAGUAAAAUUUACCUCUCGGCUUGGAUCGUUUUACAUUGUUUUUAUUGUCAAGUAUCCAACCAGCUUUCACUUGAUGAACCGCCUCCCUUGAAUGCCGUUUUAGCAUCCAAACAGCUUGAUAGGUUUUCUGCGGAUAACUUAUAGUCACUUGACAAGCAUCGCAUCUUAAACUGCUUUCAAAGUUGUCUGGCGAAGAAAUCGAACAUCCCAAAGAAUUAAGCUGCUUCAGGAUAGUAUCAAGGCUCGUGUGAGGUGCACCAAAGGUAUUCAAAAUCGGCAGAAAAAGGAUCACCAGAAGCGAAAUUCUGAUUAUUGAAGUCAUGACUGAAAAAUUAGCUACACUGGCUACACCUUCGCUACACGUGGGUGAGUUGGUGUUACCCAAGUGUCUGUGCGCGCUUGCAUUAUGCCAGUGACUAUUGUUGCGGUCAGGGUCACUGUUGCGCAGAGUGUAAAAAAAAAGACUGAAAAAAGUAGGAUUUAUGCUAAUAAUGGGAACAAUUUCAUAAUAACUAAAACAUAUUGUUUUUUUCUUCUACAGGUAUCCACCUGGUUUCAAAAUCACCGCCGCCUGGAAAGAGCCAAGUCUUAUACACCGGGGCAGUACGCGCUGACAGAGGCUACUGAUUAA